AUGACUGAUACAUUAGAAAACUCAGAAAAUGAUAAGAUUUCUACUGGCUUUUCUGAUAUCUUAUCUUUUGAUACUUUAAAUUUAGAUGCUCAAUCAUUUAAAACUGUUAGUACAAAAUAUAUUUCAGAAAUAGAUAAAAUGGAUAUCACAUCCGAAGAAAAGCCUUCUAUUGGUGGAUUUUUUAAGGAUUUAAAAAAAUGGUUGUCAAAAGAUAAGCAAAGGAAAAAGGAAAAUGGGUUUAAUGAUUUCUUAGGUUAUUACGAAUGUUUAAAUACUUCAGAAUUAUUAAAUAAAAAAAUUACUUUAUCUACUGCUAGAAUUGAUUUACACGAAGGAGAAUCUGUUGUUGAAGGGAAAAAUAUAGUUAUUACAAAAAUUCAAAAUGUUCCUUAUAUUGAAAAUGCUUCACUUUUUAUUAUUACAGGUAAAGGUAGGAAUAGAAAGGGAAAAUUAUAUAAAAAUUUUCCUGAAUGGAUAAAAGAUGAUUCAAUUAAAAAUUUAAUUGAUGGUGAACCUAUUAAAGGUGACGGUACUUAUGAAGUAUUUAUAAAAAGGGUAUAUAAUGGUGAAAAUAAUAAAGGUAAUAAUUUUUAUUCAAUUGACGAUAAAGAUUUAAAUGAAUGGAAAGAAAAUGCUAAAAAUAAUAAUAAUAUGAAAUAUAAGAUGGCUUUAGCUGGUUAUUAUAUGAAAGGUCCAAAAGAAAAUCAUAAUGAAGCUAAGUUUUGGUAUAAACAAGCUGAAAAAUUAGGUUCUCUUGAAGCAAAAUUAUGUUUGGGUUAUAUGCAUUCCAUUGGUAAAUUAGAUUUUGAUCCAAAGAAAGCAAAAGUUUUCUUUAAAGGUGUUAUAAAUAAACUAGAAAAACCUAAAAAUGAUGAAGAAAAAGAAUUAUCUAGAAUUGCUAUGAGGAAUAUGGCAUUAAUAUAUCAUAAUAGUCAUUUAAAAAGGCCUUUAGAAGUGGGUAAUCUUACUGAAGUAAAAAAUCUAAGUGAUUUUAAAGUUAAUAAUUUAGCUAAAAUUAAGUUAAAAACUGCUUUUAGGUGGUAUGAAAAAUCUUUUGACUUGUAUGAUAGUCAAUCCGCUUAUAAUCUUGGUUUACUUUACGAAAGUGAUGAUGGUAUUAAAAAGGAUGAAAAACAGGCUGAAUAUUAUUUUAGAAAGGCUAUUGAUUAUGAUAAAAAUAAUAUCAUCGCCAAGAAAAAAUUAGGAAAUAUUUUAUAUAAUAAAGAAGAUGAAAAUGCAAAAGUGGAAGGGCUUGCAUUAUUGACGGAAGUUGCGAGUAUUGGGUUAGAAUGA